UAUGCUUUUCUGUUUAUCACUGGAAUUGCAAAUGGAUCAACACUAAUACAAGAUAAAGCUAAAAAUGAGGACAUUUUCGUCAAUACCUUUAUCGAUUAUCUCUUAUCACUCAUACGACUGAUUGCUCCAGAGCCAAUGAAAAUGAACGAAUCUCCAUAUAAUUUGAUCGUUGUAAAAAAUGCAAGUAUUUAUGGAUUAAGGGAGGUUAUAAGGAGUUGUCCAGUCAAGUUGACUACCUAUUCGACACCGGAGGAUGACUAUAUCAAUUUUAUUCUCUGUUUGGACUUGAAGAACUAUUUUAAAGUCGAUGGUCUCUUUCAGAUAACCACCUUACUAUAUGACACUGAUUUUACUCCUGCCAUUUUGCAACUAUUCAAUUUCAUCGUCAACUUUAAUCUCACUUUAACGCUGCCUAAAACCUACCAAAAUACUACCGAAGCUCUGUUGCAUUUGGAUGGAAUUCCACGAGUGGAGAUCAGUCGACUACAAUUUUCAGCACCCCCAAAUGUUGACGAAAGGACUGCGUUUGGCUUUCUCAGUGACUUGACGAAUCUUUUGUCAUCUGGACCUUUGGGUGGGUAUAUCGAAGCCAAAAUUGGAAGCACCAUCAGAAGAACCAUUCAACUUGUGAAUCAAGAAAUGCAGAAGACGGUGGGGAAAUUUGUGAAAGAUAAGCUUUCGUAA